AUGAAGAAGGCGUCUGACAAUCCGACUUCAAGCAAGAAGGCAAACGUGAAACGCCCAAUUUACGCCAACAGCGUCUUGUUCAAUUUCAUCUGCUCCCUUUACUUCAACGUCUUCUCCACCGCCGGCGGCAAUAGGGACGACGACUGUCAAAGUCUCCGUCGACUGACUGCUCGCCUUUUGUACGGUACCAGCACUCAGGGUCAGAGAACCAUCAGCAGAAGAAGUAAUCUUUUCGAUCUGAGAAAAAUGAUGAAUGCUCCGUCUCCACAUGAUGAUGAGGAGGUUCAUGGCGGCGAGGAGGUGUUUCUCGACGAAGGAGAUAUUAUUCAAGAGUACACCGUUGAUGAAGAAGAUCUUCCAGAUGCCGAUGAAGAGGAAGGCUCUGAUACCGAAGAAGUUAUUGACGGGGAAGAUGAUUCUACACACACAUUCACCGGCCAUACAGGUGAAUUGUACACCGUUGCCUGUAGCCCAACAGAUGCUACACUAGUGGCAACUGGGGGUGGAGAUGAUAGGGGAUUCCUCUGGAAAAUUAAUCAAGGUGACUGGGCUUUUGAGUUACAAGGUCACCAGGAUUCUGUAUCUAGUUUAGCGUUUAGUACCGAUGGACAAUUGCUUGCCUCUGGAGGCUUUGAUGGACUUGUCAAAGUAUGGGAUAUAUCUAAAGGAGAUAUAAAAUGCACGCUUGAUGGUCCUUCAGGGGGCAUUGAGUGGGUUAGAUGGCAUCCAAGAGGACAUUUGAUCUUGGCUGGUUCAGAGGAUUCUACUGUUUGGAUGUGGAACGCUGACAGGAGUGCUUAUCUCAAUAUGUUCUCCGGUCAUGGAAGUACUGUAACAUGUGGUGAUUUUACGCCCGAUGGUAAAGUAAUUUGUACUGGUUCGGAUGAUGCAACUAUGAGAAUUUGGAAUCCCAAAACUGGAGAAAACAUCCAUGUUGUUAGAGGUCAUCCUUAUCAUAAUGAAGGCCUUACAUGCUUGGCAAUAAGCUCUGACUCUGCCCUUGCUCUUACUGGUUCAAAGGACGGCUCUGUUCAUGCUGUCAAUAUAUCAACUGGGAAGGUUGUCAGUUCUCUUAGUGCACAUUCAGAUUCGAUUGAGUGUAUUGGUUUUGCAGUAAGCUCUCCUUUGGCUGCCACGGGAGGCAUGGACAAGAAGCUUAUAAUAUGGGAUAUGCAACAUUCAUCUCCACGGUGCACAUGUGACCAUGAGGACGGGGUGGCAAGUUUGAUGUGGCUACCUGGGUCUAGACAUAUAGCUACAGGCUGUGUUGACGGGAAAGUACGGUUAUGGGAUAGUCUCUCUGGAGAAUGUGUGAAAAUCUUUAGUGGGCACUCAGAUGCCAUUCAGUCUGUUGCUGUAUCUGCCAACGGAGAUUUCCUAGUUUCAGUUUCACUCGAUGGAACUGCUCGAGCAUUUGAAAUCGCAGAGUUCAGGUAA